AUUUUAUCUUUUAUCGCCGCAUCAUUUUUUUUUCUAUUCCAUCUAUAAAAUUCACCAUGGGUUGCUGUCAGUCUCGUCAAAAAAUCGAAGAAAAGCAACGAAAUCACGAAAUCAACUCCCAGAUCAAGCGGGACCGUGCGAGUAUGCGAUCCGAAAUCAAAAUGCUCUUGCUAGGCGCUGGAGAAUCGGGAAAAUCCACGAUAUUGAAACAAAUGAAGUUGAUUCACGAUGGUGGUUAUACACCGGAGGAACGAGAAAUUUUCAAGGAAGUGAUUUACAGUAAUACAAUCCAGUCGAUGCGCGUCAUUUUGGAAGCCAUGACCAUGUUUGGCAUGAAUUUCCAGGAACCUCAAAAUGCAGUGGCGGCCGACUUGAUUAUUGACACUCCCAUUCAACUGUAUUCCAUGACCUCCGACGUCGUCGCGGCCAUUGAGGCUCUCUGGCAAGACGGUGCGAUCCGUGCCUGUGUGGCUCGAGCCAACGAGUUCCAAUUAAACGACUCGGCCCAAUAUUACUUUGAUUCAAUCAGUCGCAUUGGCGAUCCCAACUAUAUGCCGAGCGACCAAGAUGUGCGUAUGUUUGAUGUGGGCGGUCAACGAUCUGAACGAAAGAAAUGGAUCCAUUGCUUUGAAAACGUUACGGCGGUGGUAUUCCUGGUGGCCAUCUCCGAGUACGAUCAGUGCCUUGCCGAAGAUAUCACUGUCAAUCGUUUGCAAGAGUCACUGACUUUGUUCGAUUCCAUUUGCAAUUCCCGCUGGUUCACCAAGACUUCCAUUAUUCUAUUCCUCAACAAAAUCGAUCUAUUCGCUCAAAAAUUGGCACGAAACCCGCUAUCCCGGUAUUUCGCCGAUUACCUCGGCGCCGACAGCUACGAUCAUGCAUGCCAAUACCUGCUACAGAGAUUCGUAUCUCUGAAUAAUCGAGCGGACACCAAGCAAAUUUACACUCAUUUCACCUGCGCAACCGAUACCAAGCAGAUUCGAUUUGUCAUGGCCGCAGUCAGUGACAUUAUCGUCACUUCCAAUCUGCGAAAGGAAGGUCUACUGUAA